AUAAUUAUCAAGUAAAAAGUAAAGUAAUAUCAAAUCCAUCAAAGAGGAUACGCUCAACAAAAAGAACACUUUUUUUGAGAGUGUAUCUUGGGAUUUAUUAUUAUUUGAUUUGAUAAAUUGAUUGAUAUAUUUGAAUUAGAUUGAUUUAAAAUCAUCACAGCAAAAUGAGUUUUAUAUUCGGCAAGAAGAAAACACCUGCAGAACUCCUGCGGGAGAACAAGAGAAUGAUCGAUAAAUCUAUUAGAGAAAUAGAAAGGGAACGACAAGGUUUGCAAACACAAGAGAAGAAAUUGAUUGCAGAGAUCAAGAAAAGUGCCAAGCAAGGUCAGAUGGGGGCUGUUAAGGUUAUGGCGAAAGACCUUAUCAGAACACGACAUCAGAUUGAGAAAUUUUACAAGCUUAAGUCUCAACUGCAAGGCGUAUCACUUCGGAUUCAGACAUUGAAGUCCACUCAAGCAAUGGGUGAAGCAAUGAAAGGUGUGACAAAGGCUAUGGGCCAGAUGAACAGACAGAUGAACCUACCAUCAUUGCAGAAGAUAAUGCAAGAUUUUGAGAGGCAAAAUGAGAAGAUGGAAAUGGUAAGUGAGGUGAUGGGCGAUGCCAUUGAUGAUGCUUUGGAAGGAGAUGAGGAAGAGGAUGAAACAGAAGAACUCGUGAGCCAGGUUCUAGAUGAAAUUGGUAUCGACAUCAAUCAAGAGUUGAUGAGCGCACCAUUGGGGGCGGUAUCAGUCCCGGCUGCAAAGACCAAAGUGCCACAGGUUGAAGCACCUGCAACUGAUGAUGGUGGGAUUGACAGUGAUUUACAGGCCAGGUUAGAUAAUUUGAGAAGAAUGUAAGUAUCAUGUGUUGUUAUCUGGUCGUUUGUCAGUUCACUUUAUACUUAUAUCAUCAAAAGUUGUGUAAACAUUUUGGGUUGAAUAUGUAAACUUACAUCAGUUACCAAUUGAAAGUUUGUUGAAUAAAUGUAUCAUUGUUAUAGAAA